GAAGUGAAGUCACAGAGCGGGGGCGGAAGUGAAGGGGCGGGCAUGAGGCGGAAGUCGGAGUGGGUGGCAGGCCAGCCACAAAGCUCCUUUUCGGCGGCCGUAGAAGACGGACGAGAGAAUGGAGACUGAUUACAAUCCCAUGGAGUUGUCCAGUAACACAGGGUUUGAAGAAGAUCCUGAAUAUAAGGACAUUGAAGGAACAGAUGUGAAGGAUAUGAGACUAGAGGCGGAAGCUGUUGUGAAUGAUGUUCUGUUUGCUGUCAGCAAUAUGUUUGUCUCAAAAAACCUUCCAUGUGCAGAGGCUGUGGCAUAUAUUAAUGUGGAGACAAGGGAAAGAAACAGAUAUUGCCUGGAGCUCACAGAAGCAGGACUUAGGGUGGUGGGUUAUGCUUUUGACCAGGCUGAUGAUGGCUUACAAACGGCGUAUCAUGAGACUGUCUACUCUUUAUUGGACUCCCUUAGCCCAGCAUAUCGUGAAGCUUUUGGAAAUGCACUACUACAGAGACUAGAAGCUUUAAAAAGGGAUGGGCAGUCGUGAUUCAGUCUGCAGUAACAAGCACAUGUUGGGGAAUGGUUAAUAAUAGUGGGAAUUCUUAGUAUGAGUUACUGAGAUUUUCCUUUCGGAUCUAGCCAGAAACGUAUAUCAAGCUUCAUUUCUUGCCUGAACAUCUAGGUUCCUUACAAUAGAACUGACUUGUAAAAUAUGAAUGUUGCUAUGGAUCUGCUUUGUCCACAAGGCUACUUUAAGCUAUUUUGGUGGACUGUAGAAGUAGUACCUUUUUUGUUAAACUCUGCUGUAGAUCAUCAGUUGACAGUGACUUGCGUUCUACAGCAUUUGAAGAAAUUUGAUCUCUUUCCAAAGCAAUAUGAUCUAAUAUCUUAUUCUAAGAAAUAUCUUAAUUGGUACUGUGCAAAUCUUGAAUGCCAUGUAUGAAAGUAGUAAUACUUUCUUAAUGUCUAUCUGUAAAUUUUAACUCUGCUCCUUAAAACCAAAUUUUAACUACUUGCUCUAGCUAAAUUAAUGGGAAUUACUUUAUUCCACUUAGAGGAUAUCUAUUUCAGCUCAAUGUUUUUGUAAGCAAACCUGAAAACUCUCUGCUUCAUUCACAAGGUAUGAACCUCACAAUAUCAUACAUCAUUUGAACAUUGCUUACUCUGAGUUUGCCUGUGCUUAAAAUACUGCAGCCAUGCCGCUGUAGCUGUGCCACUGUAGCACUUCAGAAUCUCCUGUUGGAAAUCCACCUCCCCAGGAGGUGAUAGCUAAGCUGCCAGAAGAAUUCUUCCAUUGAUCUAGCGGUCUACUUGGGGAUUUUGGUCAGCUUAAGUGCACUACUCAGGGGUGAGGACUUUUUUAUAGCCCUGACCGAUGUAGUUAAACUGACCUGAUUUCUAGUUUAGACCAGACCUUAGUGUCCUUGUUGAGUUAAAAGCAAUGUUCAGUAUUAUUCAGUGUACCCUUGUUGGCAGCAACCACCAACCCGUAAACAAAAGAUAACUGUUGGCAUAUGAAUGUAUCCUCUAAAUUUGCAAAUGAUAUAAGCACAGAAGAAAACAAGGAAGAACAGGUGACAUUUUUUUCUUAAAUUUAGACCAUACUAAUAACUUUGGGAGGGGGUGGAAGACAUUUUAGCCUGUUUACUCUUCUAAACGUUUGUUUACAUGAUGUACAGAAUAUACUCAAGUAUUUUUGCUUCAGUCUUUACUUUUUACAGUGCAGUGCUUAGGUAUUCCUGUAAGGCUGCCCUCUUCUCCCUCAAUUGUACAGUGUCCUGUCCUAAAGAACGGUAAGUAUAUAAUGUCAAUGCAGUGUAUUGGUUUGAAACCUAAGGCUGUAUGAAACAUUCAGAGAUUGAUAUUGAAUUGGGAGACAGUCGCAUAUUUUCUAUUUUAUAAAAAAAAAUACAAAGAUCUUUAUAAACUUAUUGUGCUACUAUAAGUUUUCGAAUGUGUGGAAGAGAUUUGGGUGUAUGAAUGGAAGAGACUUUGUGAAAAGUAUUCAGUUGGUUUAAAGCACCAGUACUAUUGAACUAGCAUUCUAUGAUUAUAUGAUCACUGUUUUGCACACUUGUACUAUUCAAUAUCUAUGCAUCCUUGUUUAUGUAAUUCUGCCUUUAUUUGUCCGUGUUUCAUGCUAGAAAAAAAGUAAAUGUGAAUCCAAAGAGAGGGCUAGAUUAUCAGCUUUGGUAAAUAAACAUGCUCCACUGACUUCAACAGAACUAGACUGAUUGACACCAGCUGAGGAUCAGUCACAUUAAUUUGAGGGACCAGUUAACAAGUUGAGCAUUUAUUAUAGUUUUGUGGCAAUGAUGCUGUAAUUCUGACUGAGAAGGGACCUACAGUCAGAGCUUCUGUUUUCAAGUGUAAUGUUUGUUUUAUUAUCUUAGUAGGUUGAAACAACUCAUGUUAAUAUAUAACUUUGUUAAAAGUGUUUUCAUGCUCUAAGAAAAUGGUUCGUUUUUUUUUUUUUUUUUUUUGCAGUUUUGUGGCAUGUGCUUUAAUCCUCUAUGAGGAAAAUGUACUUUGCCAAGUUUAUAUCUCAAUAUCUACCCCUGUAACAAUGCACCUGUUUAUUUCAAUGACUAGACACUUGAAUAAAUGCACAAACUUA